GUGGCUUUAAGACCUAUGGUUUCUAUGGCAGCCGCCAGUUAUGUCCGGAAGAAACACUGCCAUCAUUAUCCCAUGGUGCAGCGUCAAGAAAGUUGAGAAAAAUAGAAAUCCAUGAUGGAGACAUCUUCUCGUGAUCAAGCUGGUGGAGGUCUGUGGAACUGUCCUAGAAGGACCCAGUACAGCAAGGAGAUUCAGGACAUGCUCAAAUUAAUGAUGCAAGAGUCGAGACUCACCAACUUCCAGCAAAGGCAGCUCAAUGACAAACUUAAGAAGGGAUCAGCGUUGCCAUUGACCUGCAACCCCACAUCAUCGGCUCCUCCCUCACUGCCCAAACCCAAAGUCUUAAAAAAUAGCACAAACCGAACUCCAGCCAAGCCCCUGAGGCGCACCGCUGACAAUUGUAGUUCUGGGGACAACUACACCAGAGAUAGGUUCCGCCCCAGUGCCACACGAGAUUUAGAGAAGGAGAAGAGGAGGCUCCAGAACAUUCUAGCUACGGGGCAGGAGGAACCCAGACCCAGUCGUCCCAGGAACAUUUCCCUGGACCAGGGCCCAGAGGAGGAGAGGGACCGCUUCCAGGAGGUUUUGGAUGAGAUUGAGGAGAGGAAAGAGUUUCUGGAGGAGAUGACAGCCCUAGGGAAAGGGAAGCAGUAUCGAAACAUCAUCAACACAGAGAUCUCACAGAAAAUCCGCGAGCUGGAGGUGAUUGACAAGGCCCGCAGUGCAGAGCUGAGGACCAUUAUGCCAGAGAAGAAGACUGAGUGACAGAGAGGAAUACUCAUCUACUGACUUUGCUGAAUGGAUCUACUAUACUGCUAAUACUCUCCUACAGAAAAUACACUGCACAGGAAUUCUGAACUCAAACUUGGAUACUAGUCUUCAUUUGUGCAUAAAUGCUUGUUCAAAUUAUGGCAUGGUAACAAAUGUUGCUGGGAAGACCCCGAUGCAUCCUUGUCAAACUGUGAAAAAGCAUUGUAGUGUACAUUAAAAUAUGACCACAUCUUUUUAGCGGCAUUAAUAUGUUUUAUUUCUCAGUCUCCCAGAUUUCAAUGCGAUCCUGUUGUUUCUUUAGGAGCAUGUUUCAACAUAGCUCUACAGAAGCCCUUGGUGUGAGUUUUUAAAUUGGAAGAAGAGGCACAAACACACACAGACAAGCAGCCAUUUUGAAUGGAAGACAAGAUCGUGUACUAGACAAUAUAUAACAAGACAUUCAGUUUAACUCCGGACAAAAACGAGACUUAUUGACGAAUACAUUUAAAUAAGGGCACUCUUAACAUAAACGGAUCUCAUAGUACUAUUGACUUUGACGGCAGAUUCUAAGUUAAGGCAAAACUCAAUGGAAUUAGACAGCGUUUACAAACAAAGGCAUUGUAAAAUAUAUAAAUUAAAAAGAUUUGCAUAUUUUGCAGACUUUCCCAAAACAGUUAAACUGAUAUCAACUGGUAGGUACUAAUAGUUUGCUACAUUGUUAAAAAGAUAUCUACGGAAUUUAUAUACACAGAGUGUACAAAACAUUAGGAACACAUGCUCUUUCCGUGACCUAGACUGACCAGGCGAAAGCUAAGAUCCCCUAUUGAUGACACUUGUUAGAUCCACUUCAAAUCAGUGUAAAUGAAGGGGAGGAGACGGGUUAAAUACGGAUUUUUAAGCAUUGAAACAACUGAGACAUGGAUUGUGUCUGUGUGCCAUUCAGAGAGGGAACGGACAAGAAAAUAUUUAAGUGGCGGUUUGUGUUAACAGCAACGCUGCUGGGCUUUUUACGCUCAACAGUUUCCCGUGUUUAUCAAGAACGGUCCACCACCCAAAGGACAUCCAACCAACUUAACACAACUGUGGGAAGCAUUGGAGUCAACAUGGGCCAGCAUCCCUGUGGAAAGCUUUCGACACCUUGUAGAGUCCAUGCCCCAACGAAUUGAGGCUGUUCUGAGGGCAAAAGGGGGUGCAACUCAAUAUUAGAAAGGUGUUCUUAAAAUUUUGUACACUCACUGCCUGCAUAUAUCCUUAUUGUAUAAUGUAGCCCCCAGAACUGUUCACACUUGUUUCGGUUGUAAAUCUGGUCAGAUUCUGUAAUACUAUUAAGUCAGUGACCUGUCAUGAUACAACUAUGUUAGUCAAAUACACUGCUUUACAUUCCUUGUUUCAAGUCAUUACUUACAUUCCAUCUUAACUAUUUCUUACCUGUCUGUCUUAUGUCUCAUUCUCAGACCCGUGAUUAUCCAACAUAAUAUCUACAGUACAAUAGUCAGUGAUUUGGAAAACAUGGUAAGUAGCUAGUUAAGAAAUAACCUUUCCGCUAAAAGCUAGAGUAAUUAUUUGGGUUGUCAUUACUCCAUCUUAACUGGCAGUAUUUACUCACAACAACGGGUUCCUCUUUUAAAAAAGAUUCACAAUAGUUCAGAAGUACCACAGACUCAAACCAGACAACCGACUGACACACACAACUCUUCGUUCUGUUUCCAAUCUACAGACAAUGAGACAUAUGCAGCGUCCAUGAACAAAGGGGAAACCUUAGGACCACUGAAUAAGCAGGAGAUGAGAGAGUGUUCUUCCUUAGUUUCUACCAUGAUAAGAGACUGAUGAAUGGUAAGAAACCUGCAGUCAUAGUAUUUAUAUCUUUGUUAAAAGCCCAUUU